GAUGUCGCCCUUUCAUGAUAAGCAAAAUUCUGAAAUCUAUUUUUUAACAUUUUAGUAUAAAAAUAAUUGCGAACAAGCAAAGUUAAACGUAAAUAAUCGUCAUAAUUUCAAAGUUUAAUUGUUGCAAAAGCGGAAAUGAGUGAAUAUAACAAUGAAAAAUAUCCGAUAGGAUCUUUGAAGCCAAAAGCCGAGACUGGUGUUUUAAGUUUCCUUGCAAAAUUUCCUAAUUUUGAUGGAGAUGAUGUUACAAUAGCAAUUUUGGAUUCUGGAGUUGAUCCCAAUGCUUCAGGACUUACUUUUUUGCCAAAUGGAACACGUAAAGUCAUUGAACGUUUUGAUUGUUCGGGAUGUGGCGACGUCAAUAUGGCUACAGUUGUUCAAUCAACAUCUGAAACAAUCGUAGGAUUAUCAGGAAGAUCCUUGAAACUAUCAAAUUUCAUGUUGAAAAACAAUCCAACGGGUGAAUAUCGUCUUGGAUUGAAGGAUCUGAUGGGACUUUAUCCAUCUCGACUUCGUGACAAAAUUUUAGCCGAUACCAAGCUGAAAACGUUCGAUGAACAUAACAAAAAAUGUCUCGCCGAAGUUGCAAGAGACAUAACUGAAUUUGAGAAGAAAAAUCCAAGUCUAAAUAAUCUUUGUUUAAAAGACAAACUUGUGAAAGAGAACUACGAUGCUUUAACAGAAUUUCUCAACAAUUGUGAUAAGAAGUUCGCCGAUAUGAAGACAACAUUCGAUUGUGUUCUAUUUAAAUCAAAAGACGGAUCGUGGAUCUGCAUCAUUGACACAACAGAAGAAGGAAAUCUUGCUGCUGCUGUCAUGAUAAGAGAAUAUUCAACAACUUAUGACAUGGCGAAAAUUGAUGAUUAUCUAACAGUCUCAAUGAACGUCCAUGAUGAAGGGAAAACUCUUGAAAUUGUUGGAAUGUGCACGUCUCAUGGAACUCACGUUGCUUCAAUUGCAAGUGGCUACGAUUCACAAAACGAAGAACUUAAUGGCGUCGCUCCAGGUGCUAAGAUUGUUUCUCUUACAGUCGGUGACGGUCGACUAGGAUCGAUGGAAACUGGCACGAGUCUCAUCAGAGCAAUCAUCAAAGUCAUGGAAUUAUGCGACGCUGGAACUAAAAUUGACGUCAUUAACAUGUCUUACGGUGAACACGCUUGUUGGUCAAACUCUGGAAGAAUCGGCGACUUAAUGGCUGAACUUGUCAAUCGAUAUGGCGUUGUUUGGGUUGCUUCGGCUGGUAAUCAUGGACCUGCUUUAAGCACAAUUGGAACGCCGCCUGAUAUUUCCACUGACUCUUGUGUUGGUGUCGGCGCUUAUGUGUCACCAGAAAUGAUGGAAGCAGAAUACGCACUGCGUCAGAAAUUGCCAGCGAAUGUUUACACUUGGACGUCUCGCGAUCCAUGCAUCGAUGGUGGAAGUGGCGUGACAAUCUGUUCUCCAGGUGCCGCCAUUGCGAGUGUCCCUGAAUACACACAUUCAAAGGCUCAACUUAUGAACGGCACAAGCAUGAGUGCACCUCAUGUUGCUGGCGCAAUUUCACUUCUUAUUUCCGGUCUGAAGCAACUUCACAUCACUUACACACCUUUCAGCAUCAAGAGGGCGAUUUGGAACACUGCAACGCAUUUAUCUUAUGUCGAUCAAUUUGCUCAAGGAAAUGGCUUGCUGAAUGUUGAACGAUGCUUCGAAUAUUUGAAAACUUAUCAAAACGAGAUGGAAAAUCAAAUGAGAUUUGCUAUCAACGUUGGUAAUGGUGCUAAAGGCAUUCACAUGCGUAAUGGUCAAUUGAACAAAGCGGAAGAGUUCAAUGUCAGUGUUGAGCCGUUGAUGUUUAACGAAAAAUAUGCCAAAUCAUCUGAUAAAAUAAAUUUCAACUUACGCUUAGCGCUUGUUCCGUCCCAUCCUUGGAUUGAAGUUGGAAAAUUCUUUGAUUUGUGUUACUCGUCAAGAAGCUUCAUUGUUAAAGUGGAUCCAACAAAUCUUCAGCCGGGGGUUUAUCGUGGUCGUGUUCGUGCAUUUGACACAGCAAUUGGAAUAGAGAAAGGUUCAAUUUUUGAAGUGCCAAUAACUGUUGUGCAACCGCAUGUGAUUUUGAAUCCUCGUUACGAAUUUCAACCGGAACCUUCGACAAUCUUUUGCAAACCAAACACAAUCAUUCGUGAAUUUAUUGUCGUUCCAUCAAAUGCAACUUUCGGUGUUCUUGAAAUGGUCUCAGCUGACACAAAGGAUAAAAUUGGGGGAAAGUUUUUAGUUCACACAAUGCAAAUUAUUGAUCAACGUUAUUGCAAGUUUAUGGAGACAGCAAAAGUUCUUCCAGUCACAAGUGAGAGUCCAACAUUUCAUCCUUUUAAAUGUGUCGGUGACAGUAUUGUUGAAAUUUGUAUUGCCAAAUAUUGGUCGAACUUUGGUGAAGUUCAGCUUCAAUUUAAAGUGAAAUUUCAUGGGUUUAAAUCAAACAAUGCUCAUGUGAUGCAUGCAGCGAAUGGAAUUCAUCGUAUUGAUGUCACUUCAUUACUAGCGGAAGAAUGUCAGCCAUCAAUCUCAUUGAAACAUUCAGUGGUUGUAUUGAAGCCGGUUGAAUCGAAGAUUUCCGCACUUACAAAACGUGACGUGAUUCCAAAUCAACGUCAAAUCUUUCAAAAUGUUUUAACUUACAAUCUACAUUUAACAAAGGGACAAGAAUUGUCCCUUCAUGCGCCUUUGUUCAGCAGUAUUCUUUAUGAAUCAGAAUUUGAAUCGCAAUUCUGGAUGAUUUUCGAUAGCAAUAAAAUGUUGAUGCAAUCAGGUGACGCAUAUUCGUCAAGUUGCUUCUUUAAGUUGGAUAAAGGCGACUACGUUGUGAAGUUGCAAGUUCGUCAUGAGAAGAAAGAUUUAUUGGAGAAGGUAAAUGAAGCUGUGAUGUUAGCGUCGUUCAAGCUUUCAACGUCAUUGUCAUUGGAUGUUUAUAAAUCAUUCAACAAUGCAAUUGUUGCGAAUAAUAAGAAAAUUACUUCGUUGUCAAUGACGGGAGCAACAACGAAAGCAAUUUACAUUGCGCCGUUGUCAAGUGAGAAGUUGACGAAGAAUAUUGUGCCACAAUCUUCAUGGUUUGAUGGACAAAUCACGUUCGCUAAGGAUGAGUUGGGGAAGAAAGUUGACACGCAUAGUUUUCAGUAUAUUGUGGUUGAAGGUCCGGCGGUUAAGAAGCCUUCAAACGGAUCUCCACCGAAAGAAAUUAAACCGAAGAUGGAAGAAUAUAAAGAAGGAAUUCGUGAUCUGCAAGUUCAAACAAUUGCAAAGUUGGAUGCUGAAGAAGGCGAUAAUCUUUAUAAAGAAGUUUUAUUGGCAAAUCCAGGCUUUUGUGGAGCUCAUUUAGCGAUGGUACAAAACAUCGAGACAUUAAUGGGAGCAGCUGAAUUGAAGAAUCAAUUGCCAUUCACAUUUGUGAAGCAAAUUAAGGAUGUUGAUGUUGAUGACAUGAAAAUGAAGCUUGAGAAGAUUGUUUCACUUGCUACACUUGUCAUUGAUGGAAUAAGUCAGGAAAGUCUCUUAGCGUAUUAUGGAAUGAAAAGUGAUGUUCGACCAGAUUCUGCAAAGAUUAAACAACAAAUGGAUAAGCAGAAGCAACAAAUUUUGGAAGCUUUUGUGAAGAAAGCAACAGCGAUGGGAAAACUUUUAGCAAUUCAAAAUGUUAAGAAUAUUUCUGCUGAACAGCCAACGAGUGAUGAUUUGGACAAUCUCUUAAUCGAGAUGGGAAAGUUUAUUGACUUUAAUGAUAUUAAAUAUUUGAUGCUUCCAAUAUGGCAUUCGUUUACACGAAAUCAUCAUGGAAGAUUGAUUAAAUAUUUGCAGAAGCUUUAUGAAGAUAAAUUGCAACGUGAGUAUUUAGAAGAGAUGAUUGCUGUCGUGGAGGAAAACAAAUGGGAUCAUAUAAGAAUUCUUCUGAAGCGUUUGGUUGUUACAGCUAAUCCACAAAGUUAUCGAGUGUUUUAAGCUAUUAAAGCUGUUAUACUUCCUUCUGAACUUUACAUAAGAGUGAAUUUAUAAAAAAAAACCCCAACUAAUCUUGAAUUAUUAAAUAUGAAAUAGAAUAAUGUAAAGUUUAGAUGAUAAUUUUGUUUACUCUUCAUAUUGUGUAAUUUUCAUUUUUAAAUAUUUCGAAAGCACUUUAAAACUAAUAAAUAGGAUGAAAUCUUUAAACACUAUCCUUUAAUUUUGUAAGAAAAUGUUAAUUUUUGUUAUUGAAGUUCAAAGUGAAUAAAAUUCAUAUUUGCCGCA